AGAACCAGUUCUUUAAAAAGCAGAGGGAGACAAGCAUUGUGUCCGCAGAAGAAGAUGGGAAGCUCUUUGAUUCUGGUGGGCCUUCUACUGGCCAGCAGCGUGUCCUUCAGUACAGCAUGCCCUAAUGAACUUCAGGAGAACGUGGAUUUUCCCGGAUCAGACAUAACGUUUCUCUACUCUCCUAGCGUGGAGCACUGUCAGCAGCUGUGCACCCAGCACCCUGCCUGCCUCUUCUUUACCUUCGUCAGGCCCGACUGGACCAGAGACAACAGGCACUUUUACUGCUACCUCAAAUCCACCCCCUCUGGGCAGCCAUCUUCCGAAACUCCUCUUUUGGGCGUCACGUCUGGCUUUUCUCUCAAGUCCUGCAAUCCAGACUCAAAACCUUGUUUUUCGCAGAUCUUCCAGAACGUGGACUUUCUUGGCGCAGACUACAGAACCUUGUUCACGCCCGACUAUCAGGAGUGUCAGAGGGUCUGCACACAGGAUCCUGGGUGUCAGUUCUUUACUUUUAUAACAGGGGAGUUCUCAAACCUUAACAUCAGAUUCAAGUGCCACCUUAAGUUUAGCUGGAGUGUCCCGAGGACUCCUAUUGUGGAAAAAAAGGCUGGAGUCACAUCUGGAUUUGCCCAAAAAACCCAACAGACUCAAGAACUUGAAACACCAUGUCAGAACCAGUUUUUUCCAAACACUGACAUCCCGGGAAGCGACCUUGAGCAGCAGCAGUCUGUUUCCGUUGAGCACUGUCAAGUCCUGUGUUCGGCUCAUCCAACGUGCAGUUACUUCUCCUUCAGCAGUGAUGACUACAAAUGCUAUUUGAAGAACAACCUCAGCGACUUGGCAGUUAAACCAAAAGACGGAACCACAUCAGGCAUACCGGCACACUUCUGUCAGCUUGAUGACACCUGGGUCAAGCAGAUCUAUGAAGGUGUGGAUUUCCGUGGCUCCGACAUUCGAUUCGAGCUGAUGGAUACGGCAGAGCUGUGUCAGUCGAAAUGUGACGAGGACCCCAACUGUCUGUUCUACACCUACGUCGAUGAAAGCUUCUCUGACCGUGCAGCAUGGCGUCGCUGCUAUCUGAAGAGGGUCAUCACCAUGCCAGCUCCUCCCAAAGUUAACAAACUAGCCAGUGUUGUGUCUGGCUUCAGCCUGAGGGACUGCAGAAAAUCACUUGUUUAACAGACAGAAAGCUUUCAGAAAUAAACUUUUAUUUUUGUUUUGAUGGAAAUUUUCUGCUACCUUCAGACAAA